AGGAGAUUACAUACAACAAGUGCCAGAUUGAUUUUUAUUAGCUAUCUCUCUUUUAGUUAUUUUAUUUUAUUUUAUUUUAUUUUAUUUUAUCUCCUUUCAGAUUAUCUUUGACGUCGUUCUUUCUUUAUUUUAUUUCAUUUUAUUUUAUCUUAUCUUUUAUUGUUUCUUCCUUUUUUUUUCUUAUGGCGCAGUCAGCACGCGAAUUACCUAGUCUUGUCGCCUCUCCUACCAACACACUAACCCUACAAGAUGUUGUACUUGACUCUCCAGUCUGGCGUGCCAAUGUCAUUCAUCUUGAAGACCAGAUGGAACAAUUUUCAAAAUGGAUCGACCGAUUCAUUCGAAUGAUAAAACAAUAUAUUGAAUCUAUCGAGAAACAUAAUUUAGAAACCAGUAAUCUCGCCAAAUGGACUCAUCCUCCUGGUCUGGAUGGUUCGUUCUUGGAUCCACACGUUGCUGGCACAGUCAUCAAUGCAUUCAUAGGUACGCUUCAGUCGGACCUCGCAUUUAAACAAAAGCUGGCAUCAGAUCUAGAAGAGACAUUAUUAUUACCUCUGCAACAUUUUAUAAAGACCGAGCUUAAAGACUUUAGAGAAGCGAAACGACAAUUUGAUAAAGUUCUAGAUAAAUAUGAAAAUCAGCUGAGUAGAUACAGUAUACUCAGCAAGCAAAAAGAACCCAGUGCACUGCGAGAAGAUGCUUUCCAGACAUUUGACGUUCGAACAGCGUACACCAGGGCUUGUGGCGACUUCUUCAGUCGGAUGAUAAAGUUUAGAUCUAACCUGGAGCACCAGUUAGUUCAGUGUUUCUCAGGGGCUAUGCAGGCCAAGAUCGAAGAGGUCGAUGAAAUAGGUCAGGCAUGUGCUCAAAUCCGUCUCCUACUCCCAGGGUGGCGUCUGUGGCUAGAAGAGAACAAAGAGUCUUGUGCCUUUCAACUCCAGAAAAUCCAAAAAUCGUGCUCAGUAUUAGAAGAUGCCUACAUUCGCCAAACACGACCCCAUCGCUCUCUCAAACGUUAUUCGACUGUACCAAAUCGACGCCGUUCGACUAUUAUUUCAGGGUCACCUGUCUUGGGAGAAAGUCCUGAUGAUAGGGCAACAAUACGACCACCAUCCCUCAGUGAACAUCGCAUGUCGCUCGAAGAUCAAAACACAUUCGAAGCUCUACUACCAGACGACAGUUCCCCACGUCAGGGAUACCUCUACCAAAAAUGUGCAAUCGGAAAAUCUACUCGGUACACCUGGACCCGCCGCUGGUUCUUCUUACAAGAUGGCUUUUUUGGAAACUGUACCGUUGGAACUAUCAAUAAAGUUAAAGGAAGCUUAGUAGUAGAUGAGCGGAUAAAAAUUCAAGGCUGUAAAGGCAAAAUUAAUAAUGAUAUUGACCGAAGGUUUUGCUUUGAAGUACAAAAUCCAUCCAGCAAUAUAACUUUCUUACUUCAGGCAGAAACAGAAGACGAGAUGAUGCAAUGGUUGUGGGCCAUUGAAAAACAAAAGGAACUUUUCAGCAAACCUGGAAGUCCAGAAGGCAGCCCAAGUAAGCUGUUGCAGCAUAAGUAUAAACAACAGCAGGAGGAGGAAGGUGGGGAGGAUGAGGAGGCAGAAGAAGCAACCUUACCCCAGGCUCUCCUGUCUCCUAAGCCGACAUUGCCUGUUAAACGAUCUCCAGCUGAAAAACUGACCCGCACCGUGUCGUCUUCCACAUGCUUUCCUUUGAGACGUGAAGAUCUCCUGAACAAAAACCAAUCUCUCACAUCCACCCUUUCUACCGCAUUUUCACUUACAUCACUAAUGAUCCGUGAGGGUACGCGGAAAGUAAAAACACCCGCCCCUAGCGAAUCUAGCUCAGAAACUCCGGGGCAGAUUGACAUUGUUCCUCAGCCAUCAUCUUCCUGGGGUAUGCCCUGGCUGAUGUCGGGAAUAAACGCUCUGGCGAACAAUGGUGAUGCUGCCAGUAUAUCGGAUCCAAUAUCCAGCAAGUCGCCAAGUACAAACGAAGCAGGCCAAGUUGUCGUCUGGCCUACAAAGCUCGAGACCGAGACGCCCAAAGUAAAACUAACGGGCUAUUCGUCUGAUUUGGCCCAGAAACAAAAGGAAUUACGAAAGUAUUUUGCCAAUGUGUCUUCAUCUGAAGUUGUGCUGCAAGGAUUCCCGGCAUCUCUUUACUUACAACAAUCGAAGCAGAAAAGCACAGAUGAGUUAUCUGACAGAGGCUCGUCAACUAACGAUCAGGCUUCUUUGUCAAGCCAGGAAAUGUCUUCCGACGAGAAUGGGUUUGGCUAUAAUGGCUACUGUUACGUGACUCAGAAAAAUCUGUGGUUCUACAGCUGCAUAAUGAUGACUUGUGUUAAUACGCUCGUUAUUCCUCUUGACGAUAUUAAAUUCAUCCAGUUUGACAGAGCUUCAUCUGCAACGUCGCAUAUGUUUAUUGAAACAACCAGUCUAAGCCAACGUCACUGUUUUGGUCUUUGGUUAGAAUCAGCCGAAAAGAUUGGCGAGGAACUUCGAUUGAUUGUUGAAACUGCCAAAAGUCCAGGUGAGACACAGUUACAAGCUCUGUAUGAUAACAUUAAAAGCAUUACACCCGGACGAAAACAAAAAACUCCUGUUAGCCAUUUCACUGCGGUCAGUGCUCUCAAUGCUGCCGUAACUCCCCUAAAUGUACAAGCACAUCCUUCACAGCUAUUAUCCCAAGAGCCUAUGGUAACAACCCAAGACAGCACAAAUAGUAUGAUUAGCUCUAUCGGUCGACGAAAUAGCUCUACAACCACCUCUGUGGAUAUCCGCGGUCGAAAGACGUCUGCCGCUACUGGAGCACUUACAGCAGCCAUGGAAGCAGCAUCUCCUUCUAAACUAAGUAGGAGUCCUCCUAAAUCAGAAAAAUAUCUAUCCCAAUUAUCAAAAACAAACAUAAAUCUCCCAGACGAAGUCUGGCCAGACAAUAUUGAAAAGCCUACUGAGCCAGUAACAUGCGGGUGCCAAGACCAUUUGGACAAAAAAGAGACCGAGGUACCAUUACAUAUCAGUGCAAAAAGGCUGUUUGAUAUGAUGUUUUCAGAAUCACAGAGUGGAGAAGAAGCCGGAUCUAAAAGUAUCUGGAAAUCAUUUAAUAAGGAGAGAGGAAAUUCAGAUCUUAAAAUCUCAGGCUGGUCAGAGAACAAAGAAGGCAAUAAAGAGAGAAUUUUGACAUAUACAAUGCCAGUAACCAACCCAAUGGUCAAAGCCAAAGAAACAAACGUAAUAGAAACCCAUCAGAUUCUAGAAGAAAAAGACCAUUUAUCCUAUGCCGUUAUUAUUUCGACAAGAACACCUAAUCUUCCCUAUGCAGAUGCAUUCAUACCAUGUAUAAAGUACUGCAUUACCUACACAUCCCCAAGUAGCUGCAUACUGUCUUGCAGCUACGGUAUAAAAUGGCUCAAGUCAGUCAUGGUGAAAUCCAUGAUAAACAGAGCAGCAAAUAAAGGAUUAGUAGAAUCGAUUGACCUUAUGAUCGCCCAAGUUAAGAAAAAAAUAUCCUUAGCUAUCGGUGCUUCAGGUCAAGCAUCCUCAGGACCUACAUCUGGAGAACCAAGUCAAGCUCUUGACAUUAGUGCAACUGCCAAUGAAUCACAUUCCAAACCAGACACAGCAAACCGCACUAGAGUGAUAAGCUUAGGUGGCUUCAAAAAGCCAGCUAUGUAUAUUCUGGCUGUGGUAACUCUGUGGAUUAUCACAUAUAUAUCUACGGGUGUAUACUAUCGUCAAACCCACGAAUUUUCUGCUCCAAAUGAAACAAUUUCAUGGAGAGGUGUAUAUCUACGAGAUCUUGAUCAAGAAUUAGCAGGGCAAGUCAGUGUGCCUAUAAAUUCCAAUCCUAGAAUGUACCAGUCAUUUCAGGACUCUCGGAUAGAGCCAAUGGGGUGGAAAUAUACUUGGUUCAGUUCGCGGCAUCGUCGUAUGGCAGCCGAGCUUACCUAUACACGAGAACGUCUUGGAGCAUUACGCUAUGAGCUUCUAGCAGCUUUCCGGAUGCUAAACAGUAUAGAGCAACAUAUUGUAGAGAGCGAGUACUGGAACUGGCUUUUGGACAGAAAUCUACAAUGUGAGAAUGGAUCUGAGCAAGGUGUCGAUGGAUGUGAAGAAGUUAGAAAAGAAUUAUCAGACCAUUAAAUAAAGCCAUGCUACAAUCUACUACCAAAAAAAAACG